AUGUGGACAGAUCCCUAUAUCAAGCUAAUGCACAAGACCGAGGCCACGUCAACAGCGGACUGUAGAAGCAGGAAGUACCGAUGUCAACGCCGCAACUCUGCGAAUAUGUCAGACCAGUUCGCAGAAGUAAACAAGCACUCCAGUCAGCACCCAAAGCCUCCCGGGCUGGUGUUACAGUAUGGCACGGCUGGGUUCAGGACUAACGCCAAACUUCUGGACCACAUCAUGUUCAGGAUGGGACUGUUGGCCGCACUGCGCUCCAAGAAAACUCAAGCCACCAUAGGAGUUAUGGUCACAGCAUCACACAACCCAGAGGAGGAUAAUGGAGUGAAGUUGGUUGACCCAAUGGGGGAAAUGGUGACUCCAAGUUGGGAGGGCUAUGCUACGCUUCUGGCCAACGCUGAAAAUGAAGACUUACUGGCAGCUUUGAAGGAUGUAAUCGCCAAAGAAGAAAUAAACAUGAGCUACGAAGCAAAGGUUUUUGUGGGCAGAGACACCAGGAGCAGUAGUGCUGCGCUGUCACAAGCGGUCCUGGAGGGGGUCUCUUCUUUCGGAGGUCUUAGUAAAGACUAUGGUUUGGUGACGACGCCACAGCUACAUUAUAUGGUCUGCUGCCAAAAUACUCAAGGGAAAUAUGGAGAAGCUUCAGUGGAAGGCUACUACAACAAGCUUUGUCAGGCCUUCUUAAAGCUCCUCAAGCAUGCAUCAAACUGCACCGAUGAUCAGAAGCACCUUUCUCUGGAUGGAGCAAAUGGAAUCGGGGCUUUGAAGGUUCGAGAGAUGGAGCACAACGUAGCAAAAGAGCUUCAGAUCUCACUGCACAAUGACGGCAGCACGGGAAAGCUCAAUCAUCAAUGUGGAGCCGAUUUUGUCAAAGUACAGCAGAAGGCACCCACAGGCUGUGAGAUUAAAGCUGGAGAGCGCUGCUGUUCGUUUGAUGGCGAUGCUGACCGUAUUGUUUACUACUAUAGUGACUCUGAAGGACAAUUCCACUUGUUGGACGGAGACAAAAUAGCUACACUUAUUAGCACUUACCUCAAGGAACUCCUCAUUCAGGCUGGCUUAAACUUAAAUAUGGCAGUAGUGCAAACUGCUUAUGCUAACGGCAGCUCAACAAGGUACCUUGAAGAAACCAUGAAGUUAACUGUGAGGUGUACUAAAACAGGAGUCAAACAUCUCCACCAUGUAGCACAGGAGUUUGACAUUGGCGUGUACUUUGAAGCAAACGGACACGGAACGGUACUGUUCAGUAAAUCUGCAGAAGACAAAGUCCAGAAGCUGUUUGAUAAUCCCAACAAUGAUGAUGAAAUGAAGAGAGCUGCACACUUGCUUCUGAACACUAUCCAUGUUGUCAACCAGACAGUAGGAGAUGCACUGUCUGACAUGCUGCUAAUUGAAGCCAUAUUAGCCAUAAAAGGGAUGACCGUGCAGCAGUGGGAUGCCAUCUAUACCGAUCUCCCCAACAGACAGCUGAAAGUCAAGGUUGCGGACCGCAGAGUGAUCGACACGACAGAUGCAGAGAGGCGGGCAGUGACCCCGGCAGGUUUUCAGGAUUCCAUUGACGCUUUAGUGAAGAAGUAUCCUAUGGCUCGCUCCUUUGUGAGACCGUCUGGGACCGAAGACGUAGUCAGGGUCUAUGCGGAGGCGGACACUCAGGAGAAUGCAGACGCUCUGGCACAUGAAGUCAGUUUGGCAGUCUACCGUCUGGCUGGAGGUGUGGGCGACGAACCCAAACCACUGCACUAA